AUGACCCCCUAUAGGCUGCUGCCAUCACUGCUACUGCUAACUCUGCUGCUCGCUGCCCGCCCAGGAGGCGCCGUGGCGCAGUGCCCAGGCUGCGGGCAGGGGGCUCCGGCAGGCUGUCCAGGGGGCUGCGUGGAGGAGGAGGAUAGGGGACUUCCAGCGGACCGUUGUGCGGAACCGGGGGGCUGCGUCCGGAGGAAGGGGGAGCCGUGCGGGGUCUACACCCCAUUUUGCGCCCAAGGACUGAAAUGCCAACCGCCCGAGAAAGACGAGGCGCCUUUGCGGGCACUGUUGCUGGGCCGUGGCCGCUGCCAGCGGCCCCGCGCGCCCACGGGGGAAAAACUCAAGGAGAGUAAACUCCAUGGAGCCACCCAUGCACACGAAGGAAACCGCAGAGACCAAGAGAGGAAUCCAGGGACCUCAACCACUCCUGUUCGGCCCAGUCCUGGCCAAGACACAGAGAUGGGACCCUGCCGCAAACAUCUGGAAUCAGUGCUGCAGCAACUCCAGACCGAGGUCUUCAGAGGCACUCACACCCUCUAUAUGCCUAAUUGUGACCAUCGAGGCUUCUACCGAAAACGGCAGUGCCGCUCCUCCCAGGGCCAGCGCAAAGGCCCCUGCUGGUGUGUGGAUCGGAUGGGCCAGCCACUCCAGGGGUCACAGGAGAGCAAUGGGAGUUCUUCUUGCCCCAUGGGGAGCAGUGGCUGA